AUGGAUAAUACUUUUAUAUUACCAAAUAAGGCAGUUCGAAAAUCUAGAUAUCGUAAAGGGUAUAUAAAGAAACAAGCUAAAAACAUUGAUCGAAAAGAACAUGAAAAUAAUAAGAAUGUGUCUUUUAAUCAAAUAGAUUAUGUUGGGGUUACUUAUGAAAAUUACAAUAGGAAAUCAUACAAGAAGAAUAAGGAAGUUGAUAAAGUAUGGUUUAGUGGAAGAACUAAAGCGAAUACUAAAUUUAAUAAAUUUUUGGUUGAAGGGGUUGAAGGGGUUGAAGGUAAUAGUAUGAAUGUUAACAUUGUUUUUGAGGAUGAAAUAGAAACCAAAAAGGACACUGAAAAUCAAACAGAAAAUGGUGAUAAAUCAGUAUCAGCCGAAGAAUUUGAGAAACAAUUAAAGGAAGGUGAAGAAAACGAAAAUCGGCAAGAAGAUGAAAUAUUUGUUGUGGAAGGUGAACUAGAUACCAAAGAAAUUAAGAUUGAAGAAACCUGGCUCAGUUCAGAUCGAGAUUAUACAUAUCAAGAACUUUUGGGCAGAGUCUUCCAAACCCUUCGGCAAAAUAAUCCUGAACUUGCCGGUGAAAAGAAGAGAUACACGAUCGUACCACCAUCAGUUCACCGUGAAGGAAACAAAAAGACAAUAUUUGCAAACGUUGCGGACAUUUGUAAGAGGAUGCACAGACAACCUGAACACGUAAUUCAAUUCUUAUUUACUGAAUUGGGUACAAGUGGUUCGAUCGAUGGUUCACAACGUCUAGUCAUCAAAGGUCGCUUUCAACAAAAACAGAUUGAAAACGUAUUGCGUCGAUAUAUAGUUGAAUAUGUUACUUGUAAGACCUGCAAGUCUCCUGAUACAAUCCUUACCAAAGAAAAUCGUAUUUUCUUUCAGCAGUGUGAAAGUUGUGGAUCAACGAGAUCAGUUUCAGCAAUUAAGUCAGCAUCAAUUUCAUCGAUACUUUCUUUUAAUAAAUUUGAAGCCUGCCUACAGUUUAAUCCAAAAAUUGGUGAGGUUGAAAGGAAUCAAAACUUCGCAUCUAGCAUACUGGAGAAAUAUCAACCGGAAGAUAUAGAUAUUUUGAUUCUUCCCGAAUUGGCCUUCACCGGUUAUGUUUUUAAUGAUAAGGAUCAUAUUAAACCGUACUUGGAAGACUCGGAAACAGGAACUUCUGUUAAAUGGGCCAAAGCGCAAUCUAUUAGAUUACGUGCAUUCACCGUAGUUGGAUAUCCGCAAAUCGUAAAAGGAAAUCCAGAUAAAUGCUAUAAUAGCUUGUGUUUUGUCAACCCUUAUGGCGAGCUUAUCGAAACGUAUCAAAAAACUCAUUUGUACGAAACAGACGAAAGUUGGGCCGAAGAAGGUCCUGGAUUUAAGUCAAUAAACGUCCCUGGCCUGGGAAAGAUCGGUUUCGGCAUAUGCAUGGAUCUCAAUCCGUAUCAAUUCAAAGCUAGCUUUACCAAAUAUGAAUUCGCUCGUUAUCAUAUUCAACAUCAAACAGAAAUUAUAUUAUGUCCAAUGGCCUGGAUUAGAUCCGAAUAUAGUCAACAAAUAAAUGUCGAUAAGCCGGAAUAUAGAACCGUAAAUUACUGGUGUGAUCGAUUAUCACCCUAUUUAACAAAUUCAGGACCUAAACGUAAUACGCUAUUCGUUGCGUGUAAUCGUACAGGAAUAGAGAAUGGUAUUUGUUUUGCGGGAAGUAGUAGCGUUCUACUAUUAUCCUCCGAGCACCCAAUUGUGUUGGAUUCGUUGAAAUCUAAUGAAGAAGCUGUUAUGGUGGUUGACGUGCCACGCUUGUAA